AUGCCCCAUGAGGAUGCGGCGACGCCGAAGGUGACGUGGACAGCCUCUGUCGUCUUCGAGGACCCUGCGGAUCGAACGCUGAAGCACAUCAACCACAAGGUCACCCUCGCCCCCAUGAACAACCUUGCCUCGGAUGUGAUGCUGAGCCACAUCACCUCCCUUUCCCUUUACAACGGCGGCCACCCUUUCGCUCGUAGCAAACUGCAGAACCUGGACGAGGUAGCGUACGUGGCCUCCAUCGACCACAAGUCCUCCACAGAUGCUGUGGAUGAAGUGCAGCGCCGGCUGGUGCGCGCGGUGGAGGCGGCGCAGGAGGUUGUGACGUGUGGCAGCGGAGGUGGCAAGGAGGCGCAUGAGAUGAUGACCGCCGUCGAGAACUUCCGCGCAAUUCGCGAUGAGGCACUGAAGCGUCAGCGUGACCAGACUGGUCGCAUGGACUUCAACUCUCAGCAGUUCAAGGACGCCCUCAUGAUCAAGUGCGCCGCAACGAUCCUACGCCGGGAGAUUGACCAGAUCGAGCAUCUCGCCACCGUGUACGGCGACGACGCCGCCCGCCGCAACAACGCCACUGGCGGUGAGAACAGCGAAAAGCAGCAGUAA